UCAACCAAUCUACUCGCUGCUACAACAGAGUUUGCCUGUUGCCUUGCUUCCACCUCCCGGCUGCAGCUGCACCUGCUGCUCGAUCGGAUCGGCCGCGCGCGGCAUGUCGACCACCACCCCCACCAACGCCGCCUCCCAGCAGGGCGACGACGCUGCGGCUGGCCGCGCGGACAAGAAGCCGGCGCAAGAGACGGUGACGAAGACGGUGCAGACGGUGGAGGUGCGGUCCUCGGCAGGGCAGCCCGACGAGGAGGGCGUGCUCAAGCCCGUGAAGGUGGUGCACGAGAUCCCCGCCAAGGACAGCUCCGGCGUCAAGCAGGACUAGGACUAGCUAAGCUGCCUAGCUCGAUCGAUCAUCUAGCUAGGAUCGAUGCUGCUGCUGCUAAGCUGAGUGGAUUUGAUGCUGCUGCGGUCAGAAAUCUUAUCGUCAUUUCCACCCCCCAACCAGAUCCUAGCUAGUAAUUGCAAAUAAACAAAUGUUGCGUUGGAUCCUAAUGUGAAUUAGUGAUCUGUGCGGCCUGCCGCUUCAUUUGUAAACAUGUACUAAUAAGACGCCUGAUUUUGUGUUC